CCCAUUCCCCCCCCCAACCCCCCUUACAAACGUAUACUCCGCAGAGGGAACUGGAAAGCCCCGGUUAAAGCGGGCAAGGCUCCGAAGGAAGCGGAAUAUUGCCAAAGCUGUGUAUGAAAGUGUGUGUGAACGUAAUAAUAACCCUAAUAAAAAACACAGCUCUCGGCCGCCGAUGGGAGAAGGUCACGGAGCAUCCGCGAGUGAUUUAUGGACUCGGGGAUGUUGUCACACGCCGAGUAAGGGCGUGAGGGGAACGUUUUUAUUUGAGAUUAAUAACUUCAACAUCCAGAACGGAAACGGGAUUAUGAAAGCGACCGAAUGUUUCCCCAAACGAAAAUAUUUUAAAAUGAGAUCGCUUUUUUUUUUUUUUGUUCGUUCGUUUGUUUGUUUGUUUUCCCUUUUCUUUCCCUUCUCUGUUCCUUUUCUAAGUCCUCCCGCUGAUAAAUCUCGGCGCGGCUUUAAACGCGUUCCGGUUCGACCCGUCCGUCCUACAGCCAAACCCCAAACUGAGAACCCCCAUGUAACACCCCCCCCCCCCUCAUUCCUCAUCCCGACUCCUUCAGGAAAGUGCGUUCCAUGAUGUUUUACUUUUGUUGAACCCAAAGCCAAAGGACCCCGCGUGUACUUCACCCCUUCAACACGCUGAACUCGGAAGUUACCGACGGCUUUUAACCAAAAGCCUUUCGGUUCUUAUUUAUUUAUCACGUGUUUUUGUAUUUUCCUGACGCUCAGAAGCCAGCACCCUCUUGUCGGGUCCCCAUCGCAGUCCCAGACCUGGGGUGGAAGGGGGAGGGAGGGGUCCUCGAUCUCAAAUUGGCAGAAAGGAGGGCAGUGCCCACCGCCUGCGGUGCCACUUCGGUUAAGGGCGAGUGGAAAGUGGUGCAACCCCUGGCAAAGCUGCACUCGCUUGGAUGAGGGAUAUCCUCAGAGGAGGUGCUGGGGAGGGGAGGGGGGGGGUUGUUAUUAGAGCCCGUCUGCUCCCCAUUUCCACCCAAACAUUUCCCUAUGUGAUGAUUUCCCUUCGCUUUCCCUCGUCCAAGCUUCUCUGACCCGAGUUUCAUACUUUCUUUCUUCCUCUCUCUCUCUCUCUCUCUUUUUUUUUCCCCUCUUCAGUUCUUCUCCUUUCUCAAACUCCACCGCAGCCCCGUGUUUGCUGGACCACACAUCCGGGAACCGGUCAGCUUCCAAUAGACAGCUGGAAACGGCCUGUCACGUGGCCUUGGGGUGCCAAUGUUCUGCCAUAGGGGUGUCAAGACCCUGGUAGCUGGAAAAAUCAUUUUGGGGAAUCCCGGAGAUGCAGAAGACAACGUACUACGAAAGCUCUGCGCUCUUUGGGGGCUAUUCCUAUGGGAGCACCAAUGGGUUUGGCUACGAGGGCCCCCAGCAGCCCUUUCAACCUGGUUCCCAUGUGGAGAACGACUUCCAGAGGUCUGCCUGCUCCCUCCAGUCCCUCGGCAACACGACCCAGCACGCAAAAAGUAAAGACCUGAAUGGGAGCUGUAUGAGGCCGAGUUUACCCCAAGAGCACCAUCCGCCUCCGACUGUCUCACCACCCCCAAACCCCACCACCAACAGCACCAGUAGCAACAGCAAUAACCAGUCAGGGAGCAGCAAAAGUGCCCCGAGUAAAGCCAACCUCAGUGCAAACGCCAGUCUCACCAAGCAGAUUUUCCCCUGGAUGAAAGAAUCGAGGCAAAACUCGAAACAGAAAAGCAGCUCCCCUAGCACAGCAGAAACCUGCAGCGGCGAGAAAAGCCCUCCAGGCUCCUCGGCCUCCAAGAGAGCCCGCACAGCUUACACCAGUGCUCAGCUGGUGGAGCUGGAGAAGGAGUUCCACUUCAACCGCUACCUGUGCCGGCCGCGCCGCGUGGAGAUGGCCAACCUGCUGAACCUGACCGAGAGGCAGAUCAAGAUCUGGUUCCAGAACAGGAGGAUGAAGUAUAAGAAAGAUCAGAAGUCAAAAGGGAUGGGUUCUUCCUCUGGAGGGCCUUCCCCCACCGGCAGCCCCCCCCAACCCAUGCAAUCCUCCGCCGGGUUUAUGAAUGCCUUGCACACCAUGAGCAGUAACUAUGAUGCCCCUUCCCCACCUUCCUUCAAUAAGCCCCACCAAAAUGCCUACGCCAUGUCAACUAACUACCAAAACCCCAUCAAAGGCUGCCCCUCCCAACAGAAGUACACCAACACGGCCCCCGAGUACGACCCCCAUGUGUUACAAGGGAACGGGGUGACCUACGGGACUCCCAGCAUGCAGGGAAGUCCCGUCUACGUUGGAGGUAACUAUGUGGACUCUCUGCCCACCUCUGGCCCAUCCCUUUAUGGCCUCAAUCACCUCCCACAUCACCAGGCGGCCAACAUGGACUACAGCGGGCCCCCGCAGAUGCCUCCAAGCCAACACCAUGGACCAUGCGAGCCCCACCCCACCUACACAGACCUUUCCUCUCACCACGCAUCUUCUCAGGGCAGAAUCCAGGAGGCCCCCAAGCUGACCCACCUGUGAGUGGGAGCAGGGAUGGGCUCGAGUGAACUGGAUGGCAACCAACACACGACUUGGAUGGGGCACAGGGCAGGACGGCCUUCAGAAACAUUUGUGUUGAGCUGUUUUCUUCCUUUCUUCACUUAGGCAAGUUCUACAAAGCUGUCCAGCUUGCCAGUAUUAUUUCUGGGCUCUGUUUGACACAAUUUCCAAGGAUUUCAGUAUUUAAUGUCGGAAGCUUCUCUCUCUCUAUGAAAAGAUAUACCUCCUGUGUGUCGACACAAAUGUUUCUGAAGUGGCUUUGGGGGAGUUUUAUGGGAACCUAGCAGAUUUUUAGCAGCAACACCCUUAAUUUCCAAACCCAGGGCAGAUUAUCACUGAUAAUUCUUGGCCAAUGGAAAGCAGAUGGCCAGCCAAACCUUUACAGUUGGUGCCGCUGCACCUAUACCUGGCUACACAGGUUAGCACAAGGGAUGCACAAGAAAGCUGCCCUCCACUUCAGUCCUAAUCAAGAGCUUUGUGCUUUCCUCCCCAACCUGCUGAGGCAGGGCAUCCUUCUUUGCUGAGUUACUUCCCACCAAUCCCCAUACAGAAGGCAAAUAUACACACCUGCCAACGCGUGGGAUCCACGCUCUUCCCCUCCCACCCACACCUCCCCUCUCAAAAAUCAGAACGAAAAGAAGAAAAGAAAAUGAGAGAGGUCUAAGAACUGCAACAAGGUUUAGGAAACGAGUUUCUAAAUUGCCUAAAGCCCCACCAAUGGGAACGGCAGUCCAAAGAGAGGAAGAAAAUGUUGACAGGUCUGAAUAUUUUUCCACCUUUGCCACCGACGAUGUGAAGUUUCCAUUUGAUGAUACCAGGGUUUUUGUUUUAUUUCUUUGGGGGGGAUUUUUCUUAGGGUUCAUUAAUAGAAAAGCAAUCUUAAGACUUAGAAGUCCUAUGCUUCUUUCCUCCUCUUCUCUUGACCUUACGUGAAAACAGGGUAUAUUUGAACAAAUGGAAUGUCCUCCAAUGGAAGCAGAAGUGAAUGGAUCUCUAGGAUUUGCUAAUGCUUUAUUGUCUGGACAUCUUUGUUGCACUUAGAGUUUACAUAUAAUGGGUAUGAAAACAACUUUGAAGGGCGUUCAUUGAACUCAGUCAAGACGUCCUUCAAUAGGUGUGUGUUCUGGUGAACAUUCAUAUAUAUUUAUUGGUUAUAGCCAGUUUAAAAUAUUUUCCUUUUUGUAUUAUUUAUCCCCAAUAUUAUGUAUUUAUAUGAGGGAAAAAAAAGAAUCAAAUUGUACUUUUUUAGUAUUUACUUGUUAUAAAAGACGUUGUGUUUCCUCGUCAUUGUACAACAAGCUUAUUUUAGUUACUGUAAUUUAGAAAGACGAGUAGUUUUAUGUUACCUUCGUACUUAUGAAUAAUGUAAUUAGUUCUACUGGAGGCAUGAGAGCAGAACCAGACUGUAAUUGUAUAGUCCUGAAUUAGAAGAACUAUAGCUAAUCCCUCCCUCCCAUCUUGCCCCUCCUCUUUGGAGAUCUUUCUUUGUUCUUAUAGUAGUUAUUUUAUUUCCUUGCUUAAGGGUUGUCUGUUGAGCAAUUCUUGAAUAAACUUUCUGUUAUCAAUUUCA